AUGACGUCUUCAGCCAAAGAAUCAAACACCCACAGGGGGCGCUACUCUGAGCCGGUGCCCACCUCCAACCUUAUGUAUGAUGAUGCAGAUUUCCCGGAAUUUGAGUUUUUUGAUGACCAGGCCAUGCCCAGAAGUAACGCACCUUCGAGAGAUGCUCUGUCGGUGGUCAAAGUGGACAUGUGUCAGUCGAUCAACAAACCCAACCAUUACACUGUCGCCUACGACAUCAAGAACCUGGUGGUCCGACGCGGUAAACAGUUCAUCAUUAGGAUCACCUUCAACCGCCCUAUCGUCAAAGAAGACGACUUCCAGGUCGAGUUCGUCAUCGGCUCUAACCCUUCUCCCAGUAAAGGAACUCUGCUGGUGGUGACUUCUGGCAUCCGUAAAGGUAGCUCGUGGUCAGGUACGAUCCUGGAGGAGCAGGGAGAGUCUGUGAUAUUGGGGAUCACGCCGACGGCCAACGCCAUCGUGGGGAAGUUUCGUACCUAUGUGGCUGUCAUUGCAGGCAACAUCAUUCAGCGAACCAAGAGGAAUGACGAGACCGACUUGUACCUGCUGUGCAAUGCCUGGUGUCCAAAGGACGCUGUGUUUCUUGAAGAUGAAGCAGAACGGAAGGAGUAUAUCCUGAACGAGAACGGUAUUAUCUUCCAGGGUGAUGUCAAUGCUGUGUCAGAGACCGACUGGAUGUAUGGACAGUUUGAGAUGGGCAUUUUGGACGCCUGUAUUUCCAUCCUGGAUCGUUGUCGGAUUCCGAUCUCCACCCGAGGCAACGUCGUCCAAUUGGUCAGGAUGGCAUCGGCCGUGGUGAACUCUCAGGAUGAUUACGGUGUGCUGGUCGGGAACUGGGGCGGCGAUUUCUCCAUGGGCAAACCCCCAACAUCUUGGACCGGCAGCGCUCAGAUUCUGCUGCAGUAUGUCAACACUGGAGUCCCUGUUUGCUAUGCCCAGUGCUGGGUGUUCGCUGGGGUCUUCAACACCUUGCUUCGUUGCCUCGGCAUCCCGGCUAGAGUCAUCACCAACUUCAAUUCAGCUCAUGACAGCACGGGCAACCUGAAGAUCGACCUGAUCUUCAGGAUGGACAACUCACAGGACAGACGCCACACCAUGGACUCAAUCUGGAACUACCACUGCUGGAACGAAGUGUUCAUCAACCGUCACGACCUCCCGUCCCACUGCAGCGGCUGGCAGGUGGUGGACGCCACGCCGCAGGAGACCAGCGAUGGAUUUUAUCGCUGCGGUCCAUCCUCUGUCAAUGCCAUCAAGGACGGUCUGCUGUGUCACCCAUUUGACUGCGGAUUCGUCUUUGCUGAGGUGAACAGUGAUAUUGUCUGCCAUAGGCGGGAUCGUUAUGGGACUUUGAGUGCAUUCUGGGUAAACAAGACUUACGUUGGAAUGCUGAUCUGCACCAAAGCUGUUGGAAAAAAUGAACGUCUGGACAUCACACACAACUACAAGUACCUUCAAGAUAGUCCAGAGGAUAACAGGACAAUGGACCGGGCGGAGGAAUACGGCUGUGAGAGGGAUCACUCUGAGCUGGAAGAGUCUAAGAUGUCUGUUUCCAUCAGUGCUGAGCCGGUCCAGAUGUGUCAGGAUGUGAUCCUGGCCGUGGAUUUCCAGAACCAGGGUGAUCUCCCCAAAACCGUCCAGGCUCACCUGUCUGAGUCGGUCAUCUUCUACACUGGAGUCACAGCCAGUCAUGUCAAAGAUUAUGACUUCACUGUCACCGUGCCUGCCAACCAGAUGGAGCGUGUGAUGCUGAAGGUCACCACUGAGGAGUACCUGCCUCACCUGGGCAAUCAGGUCUCUCUGCGCUUUGUUGUGACUGGACAGGCUGAUGAAUAUUCACUGACCGCCAUCAAGGUGGUCGAACUGCAGACCCCUCACCUCACCGUGGAGGUGAGUGGGCAGCUUCAGGUGCAGAAGGAGAUGUUUGUGACCGCCUCCUUCACCAACCCCUACAGCUUCCCCCUGCAGGAUGUAGUCGUGGCCAUAGAGGGAUCGGGACUCAUAAGCUACAAGACUCGUUUCUACAGUGUCAUUGAGCCUCAAGCUUCGUACUCCUGGACGGAGUCGUUCAUCCCUCGACUGGAAGGACAACGCCGAAUUGUGGCUGUUAUGGUCUGCAGCAACCUCGGCCGGGCUGAUGGAGUGAUUGAUGUUGAAAUUAAAGCCCGAGAUGAUGGGAUCACAGAUCUGUGA